AUGGGGGCAUCACAAUCGAAGAAACACGUUGGAAGGUUUGGCACUGGGGGAUCCCGCAUAAGCAGCUUGCACGAGAGGAGAUCCUGGCUGGUAACCGCCACUGACCCCAGCAACCCUUGUGACUACCCGCACCGGAGGUCGUAUCGGCGAUCUUCCAGCAGGCACAGGGAACGCCGUAGGAGGCUGCGGCGGGCUUGGCUGUGCUACAAGGGGCGCCUUCAGCCUCCAGCACCCAGCGACGGCCAAGUAGGUAGCUCGGUGCCGACCCCUUGGCUGGAUAGGCCUCAGGACCGAAAUGCUGGCUUUUCGCAAGAAAGGCCUGUUACACAAGCUUUGAAUCCCUCAAGCAAAUGUGUGACGGAUGCCGAGGGCAUCGCUAUGGGAUCCGGGAAUGUGGAUUCUGCCAGAGACCAAGAGGAGUUUAGAGCUCGCCCCUGGCAGGGUUCAGCCUACUCUCAGAAGGGAGGGCCGCUGUGCAUGGCCUACGCAAACUGUUUGGAGUACAUGGAGGAGGACGUUAUUGCAGCUCUGAUCCACCACCCGCUGCCGAAUGAAGGACUCGCCUUGAUAUACAGAAGCUGCUCUACACAACCGCUACCCGUGGAGCCCACGUUAGAACCCAGUUCAGACGUACUAGGAUAUGUAUUUCCUGGGACAUUCUUCAAGGUGCUUGACAUGAGAACUCAUGUUGCACAGGCAUCUUAUCUGCUGCGCCUGAAGACGGCUGAGGGUUGGCUAACAGGGGCGUCCUUGCAUAUGAUCCGACUACAGCAGCCCGCCCGUGUUGCCUCAUGGAAGACAGCGCAUGAGGAAGUUGGCGCCCCCAAGUUCAGGCAUCGUGUACCUGGCUUCGUGAAAGUUUCGACUGCAGUUGCAAAUCGGCAACAAGGUUGGGACAGUACGCCCGGCCAAUGUCGUAUCCGUAGCAGUUCCGCUCCAGAUAAAAUUCACAUAUCAGUUGAUUGUGAUGGAGAAAAAGAUGGAUUAGUUGAACUUCAGGAUGCCUUCUCGACCGGUUGGGGAACCGUUUACGCUUGUCGUGCCACCCGCUUUCUCAGUUUCCAGGAAUGUGCCAUGCUGGCAGAGGAGCGCACGAGCUACAGUAGCCUAGGAAAGCUAGUAUCGGAACCAUCCAUGCGUAAACUUGAAGCAUCCCUACAAGAAGCAACAAAGUCUCACUUUUUGAAUGCUAGCAGCUUGCGUGGGGAGAAAACCUCAUGCAUCAACAGGACGCAGAGCAUGAAUUCCGAUUCUAGCAGAAUAGUCACCCGAAGCAACGUUCGCGUUGGAGGUCUCAACCCACUAGAGCAUUCUUUUAUGCUGUUUCGCGUUGUGGGUGCUCGUGCGAUACCUGUAGGCGCGACUCCUCACAUGGGGUCCCCCACAGUCGGACGCCUCUUACGCGGACAGGUCUUCCCUGUUCUUGACGCAUGUUUAGUCUCGUGUGUCCCGCCAUGCGGCAGCCUGGAAGCGAGUGAAGACUGUAUGAUAGCGGGACUGGGCACUUCAGGGCUUGGCGAGAGCGAUAACCUCCAUGCAGUGCCCGUUGCACGCCUUUGCGGUAAGAAAGCGAAGAGAAAUCCGUCUUACUUCACUCAUAACAGGCGCGUGCAUCUUCGCGCGUGCACGGACGAGGGUUGGGUAACUGUUGACGGGCUUAUAGAGCGAGUAGACGAAUGCGAGGUUGCGUACGACCGUCCAGUCCUCUACGAAAUAGUCGCUGACGGCUACUUGGUAAAUGUAAGGCCUGCACUAGAGAUUGAAGGACAGGUCCGCCGCACUCUGCCCCCUGCUACUUUAGUUGAAGUGUACGAAAGAAAAAUUAACGCAGAGGGGCUUGUGCGCCUCAGCAGUGACCAUCGCGUCCGCAAAGCAGCAGCCUCCUGGGUUGCGGCAAAUGCCGCGCAGUCUGCUAUCGCCUCCGAGCCUACUGAGUAUUCCGCGGGGGGCAAUCCGAGUGCAGGCCGCUGCCACAGAGGAAGAUGCUUUUUUGAAGACGUGGACGCCACACUUGAGUUCUCUGAUAACGGAGGUGGUGGCGGUGGAAGUUGUGAAAAUGCUCCAGGGCCAUGGACUAGUUUGUACUCUCUAGUUAAGGCGGCCUCGGCGUUACCGGGUGAACUGGCGACACAGUCGGUGCGCUGUUCUCAGUGUUCGAAUAUCCAAGAAGUCCGGUUUGAAUUGCUCAGCGGACAGUCGGGAGAUGUGGAGGAGGCGGGCGGACCUCUCAGGAGCUUCAGCAUGCCUUGCGCAAGCGUGGAGGGCAAUUCCCUCGAAUGUAACUGGGAUAAAAGCCAGCGACUGCACAGGCGAAGCUCCAACAGGACUAUGGGUGCAGGCCGUGAAACCACUGGUGGCGGACGCAGCUUGAGGAAGUGUCGGACGAAUAUGCUUCAUUCGCUUCACCCGCAGUUGCAUGUUUUACGUUUCUUUUCGUCCCUUGAACUUAGCAUGGGAAGGAAUUUAAAUUACGAAAAUGCCCGAGCAGUGCUUUCUCCUUCGGAUAUUCUUUACCAGUUUUGCGUCGCGGCCGUGUACUCUUCACUUGCAGAGCACAGAGAAUCUGUGCCCCCCUAUGCUGUGUAUCGCCCACCAGUUGGCAGCUUUGUGUCUCUGUCAGACUAUGCAUCCAUUCCCGUCGGAACGACACAGCAUCAUGGCUUGCUGGAGUCGUACAGGCCGUAUCUGGUGAUGAAAGAUGGAAAGAUUACACAUGGCAAUCCUAACCGUUUCAAUAGCUUUUCUUUCCACCAGCCCCCCAUCUUUGUGGCCAAUUUGAAUGAAUAUUUCCUAUUUCAUGGAUGCACGGAAGAGCGUGCAGGAUUGAUAGCUCUCUCUGGAUUUGAUUUUCGUAGAGGAGGAGAAAAUGGAGGUAAGCUGUUCGGCAUAGGCACUUACUUUUCCCCUCACGCAAGCAAAGCAGACCUGUAUACGCGCCCCAACGACUUGUCGACCCGGGCAGCUGGACCCUCGGCACUGUCGGCCGUCACGUUUCACAUAUCUUUGCCAACCCUUCCGUUCCUUCCCGCUCGCCUGACUCAACCAGCAGCAGUCGGAGUGCCCCCAGCUUCUGCUCUACUCACAAGUAUUCCAACAAAUAUGGGUACGGGGGGAAAGUCGGGGGGCACCACAAAUCAUAACUCAAGCAAAACCUAUGGUAAUCUUCGAUUUGGCAAGGGUGGCUGGCUGCCUUCGGGGAGGGGAAGCGCAAACGCCGCGCGCACUGCAGCGACAAACUCUGCACCCCCAAUCACACCAGAUGGGACUAGUAAGAAAGACAAGGAGAAGGGUCGCUUCCGAGCAGUAUGCGCAAAACUCACCAGGCAGGGCAUCGGGGCGAACACAAGCCGGUCGAAGGACUCCUCGGUAUCUGGUCAGGCACUACACAGGCAAAAGAGUUCGAAUUUGCAACCGGCGAACUUGCAGCAGAGGAUUGACACGACAGGGGGGAGCGCGCAGCAAACUGGAUCGAAGGGGCUCCAUCCCAACGUGAUGUCGCCAACUCCGCAACCUAUUACGCGAUGUCUACUCCUGGCGCGGGUCUGCCUAGGAGAAGUAUAUAAGGCUCUUUCUCCGAUGCCAGAUGCACGCAUGCCCCCCAACAAGCCUAAUUCCGCAACAGCAAAGUUGGCGUACGAUUCAGUGAUGGCGGAAUGCCGGACACGAGGCGGUGUCGUGGACGGAGUUGAGUUUGUAGUUUUUGAAAGGGCUCAGGCUCUGCCGGAGUUCAUUAUAACGUACUCACACGCCGCACAUUGCCAGGCAGCUUUGGAGGAAGAGCCGGAGCAGCUCCUUGAGUAUCGUCGGCACUGGAGCCAACGCGGCAAAAACGUGCGGAUACCGACUUUGGUCGUCGCUCGCUACUGCGGGGAGCGAUGUGGGGACACGAAGGUCCCGCGUGGCGAGGGGUUAUACGGCCCAUCCCUACGCGCGUGA